CUUUAAGAAGACUAGGUCAAAAGUUCAAAACAUGUUUUGCAUUUUGUGUGGUUGUCGUCACUUUAAAGUUUUUCUUUUUCUUUUCCUUUGACCACUCCAAUAGACACAACAAAAACCAGUGUUCCUCGUUCAUUCACGCGCUCGUAAUCACACACUCAUACACAAACGAAGACAAUGGAGAACGGCUCAGAAUUGGGUCAGAUCAUUGACGGACCAACCAAUCCAAUGGUCACACCUUUACUCAAUGAUCUUUACCAAUUCACCAUGGCUUAUGCUUAUUGGAAAGCUGGCAAACACAACGAACGAUCCGUCUUCGAUCUGUAUUUUCGUAAGAACCCAUUUGGUGGUGAAUACACAGUGUUUGCUGGAUUAGAAGAGUGUGUUAAGUUCUUAGCCAAUUUCAAAUUGAGUGAUGAAGAAAUCGAUUUCGUUCGUGAUUGCUUGCCUGGAUCUGAGGAAGCUUUUGGCGAUUAUCUUAGAGGGCUUGAUUGUUCUGAUGUUGAAGUUUAUGCGAUUCCGGAAGGAUCAGUUGUUUUUCCUAAAGUACCUCUUAUGAGAGUUGAAGGACCUGUUGGUGUUGUUCAAUUGUUGGAAACUCCAUUCCUCAAUCUUGUCAAUUUUGCAUCUUUGGUAGCUACUAACGCAGCUAGGCAUCGCUUUGUUGCCGGAAAAUCUAAGAGUCUACUCGAGUUUGGUGCUCGAAGGGCUCAGGGACCCGAUGGUGCAAUAAGCGCAUCGAAAUAUUGCUACCUUGGGGGUUUUGACGCAACGAGUAAUGUAGCAGCUGGAAAACUUUUUGGGAUACCUCUCCGUGGGACACACUCCCAUGCUUAUGUUAGCUCAUUCAUGAGCACUGAUGAGAUUGUUGACAAAGUACUUCGCAGUGCUGAUGGGAAAACCACGUGCGAGGAUUUUGUCAGUCAUGUUCAGACAUGGUUAAAAAAGAUUCAGUAUUCACCAUCUCUAAGUGGCAUUUUCUCUGAGACGAAUCAAAGCGAGCUAGCAGCAUUCACCUCAUAUGCGCUGGCAUUCCCCAAAACUUUUCUUGCCCUCGUAGAUACAUACGAUGUGAUGAAGAGUGGAAUCCCUAACUUCUGUGCAGUUGCUUUAGCACUCAAUGACUUUGGAUAUAAAGCAUUAGGUAUUAGACUGGAUUCAGGUGACUUAGCUUAUCUAUCUAGAGAGGCUAGGAAUUUCUUCUGCACGGUAGAGAGAGAACUAAAAGUGCCCGGUUUUGGGAAGAUGGUCGUCACCGCUAGUAAUGAUCUUAAUGAAGAGACGAUUGACGCUUUAAAUAAACAGGGACAUGAGGUGGAUGCUUUUGGCAUCGGGACCUACUUAGUCACUUGCUAUUCGCAAGCAGCCUUAGGUUGUGUUUUCAAACUUGUGGAGAUAAACAAUCAGCCUCGGAUUAAACUUUCUGAAGAUGUUACGAAGGUAUCGAUACCGUGUAAAAAGCGAAGUUACAGAUUAUACGGGAAAGAAGGUUACCCUCUUGUGGAUAUAAUGACUGGAGAGAAUGAACCACCUCCAAAGGUUGGUGAGCGUUUACUAUGUCGCCACCCAUUCAAUGAAUCUAAAAGAGCAUAUGUAGUGCCACAACGUGUCGAAGAGCUCCUCAAAUGUUAUUGGCGUGGAAGUGCAGAUGAAGCAAGAGAAGAAUUACCGCCUUUGAAAGAGAUAAGAGACCGUUGCAUCAAACAGCUCGAAAACAUGCGACCUGAUCAUAUGAGGAGAUUAAACCCAACUCCUUAUAAGGUAAGUGUAAGCGCGAAGCUGUACGAUUUCAUCCACUUCUUAUGGCUCAACGAAGCACCUGUUGGUGAAUUGCAGUGACAGAACAAACAAAAAGAAGAAUCUGGUUUUGAGUAAUGUAUAUAGAUUUAUAUACCACAACAUCACAAAUACGCAUUUCUUUCACUAAGUUUCAUUUCUUAGAACAUUUUGAUGAUCUCAUACUUUAUUGUCGUAGUAAGUUUCAUCUUCUUACUGAGGAAAGAAACUCUCUGCGUUCAUUGGAACUUUGUUUACAACUGAUUCAAUAAGAUUAUAUUUACCGCUGUAAACAUACUAGAAACUGUAAAAAUUUAUUUUACUCAAGUCAAGGAUUUUGGAUCAGAUAUA